CACCGAAUAUAAACCAACUGCACUAGCUCGCAAAAGUGCAUUCACAUCCAUUGGAAAAUGAUGCAGGAGUUGGAUUGGGUCCCGAAGCACUCUCUCUGAUAGGAAUUUCGAAGUCGCGCACUCACGCAGACAUUUUUGCCUUGCCGUUCCCACGAAUUCAGACUAUCUGCUUGUGCCUCACUUUUCCUCGCAACUUCCUUUGGCUUAUCUUUGAUCCACCGCCCUUCCCUUUCCAUCUCUUUGCGUGAUUGCGUCGUUUCCUCCCAUCUCCAUACAUAUCCACAUUUGAUUCAAUAUUUCAAUUUCUUCCAGCUCGUGCAACCAGUGCUGUCUGCCUACAGCUGACUCAGGCACGGGACGAUGCCGGCGGUUGGAGCUGUGGUGGAUGCAGCCAUCGGAUGGCUGGUGCAGAGCAUCCUGGGGAACCUCUUCACUGAGAAGCUGGAGGCAUGGACUCGCAGAGUUGGCCUCGCCAACGACGUGGAGAAGCUCAAGUCGGCCGUGAGGUAUGUCCAGAUGGUGGUUGCUGCUGCCAAGGGGAGGAAGAUCGAGAACGAGCCACUGGCACGGUCUCUCUCUGAUCUCAGGGAGCUGCUGUACGACGCCGAAGACGUGAUGGACGACCUCGACUACUACCGCCUCAAAGAACAGGUCGAAAGUGGCAAUACUGGCGAUGGUGCAGCUACCGGUGCACACAAUGCAACAAAUUCAUCCACGUGGUCCGUAAAACAGCUUGCAGGCACCUUUUCCGGCAUUUUGGGGAAAAGAAAACGAGAAGAUGAUACGAGUGAGAUUUCUGUUAUGAUAAAGCACAUUGCUGAUAAAUUACGGGAUUGUGGACGUGAUGUCAGUGACAUUCUGAAAAUAGAUGGAUUCAACUCCGCUGGAACUUCAAAUCAGAGUCAGAUUACAGCUCAGGACACACGUCUAACAUCAUCAUAUCUUGUUGAACGUAAAGUGUACGGGAGGGAUGUGGAGAAGGAAUCAAUCCUAAAGCUCAUGGCAAGUAACAGAUCCAAUGGUAUAACUGUCGUUCCAAUUGUAGGAAUUGGAGGGGUUGGGAAGACAACUUUGGCCCAACUUGUAUACAAUAGUUUGGAAGUUGGAAAUCAUUUUGAGGUCAAGAUAUGGGUUUGUGUGUCUGAUAAUUUUGAUGUAUUUAGGCUGACAAGGGAGAUGUUAGAUUGUGUCUCUAAACAAACGAAAGUACAAACCAACAACUUGAACAGACUUCAGGAGGAUCUAGCGAAACACAUGGUAUCUAGGAGGUUUCUUAUUGUCUUGGAUGAUGUCUGGGAUGACAUGAAAGAGCACUCCUGGAACAAAUUAUUAGCUCCUUUGAAACAUAAUCAAGCAAUGGGUAAUAUGAUACUUGUGACAACUCGGAAGUUAUCUGUUGCGGAAAUGACACGAACAGUUCAACCAGUCAAGUUAGGUGCUUUGAAAGAUGAUGAUUUCUGGCUACUAUUUAAAACAUGUACAUUUGGUGACGAGAAAUAUGAAUAUCAUCCAAGUCUGUUCACUAUUGGGAAGCAGAUAGCUCGGGAACUGAAAGGGAACCCAUUAGCAGCAAAAACUGUAGGUGCUUUAUUGAAAAGGAAUAUUAGCAUUGAUAACUGGACACAUAUUCUGAAUAAUGAAGAAUGGAAAUCCUUACAGGACAGUGGAAGUAUUAUGCCUGCUUUGAAGCUCAGCUAUGACUACCUCUCCAGCCACUUGCAGCAAUGUUUCAGAUAUUGCUGUCUAUUCCCGAAGGAUUAUCACUUUAAUGGUGGAGCUGAGUUAGUUAGAAUGUGGAUUUCACAAGGAUUUGUGCAUGGAAACCAUACUGGUAAAAAACUGGAGGAUAUAGGGAAGGCUUAUUUGGCUGAUCUAGUGAAUUCAGGCUUCUUUCAGCAUGUCGGAAGGCACCGGUUAUAUUCGAAUAGCUUUGUCAUGCACGAUCUUAUGCAUGAUUUAGCACGUGAGGUUUCAAGAGCUGACUUUGCAACUAUAGAUGGGACAGAAUGUAAAGAAAUAUUGCCAACUACGCGCCAUCUGUCAGUAGUUACUCAUUUUGCAUACUCAAUAGAUCAACAUGGGAACGCAAUUUCUUGUGAGAAUUUUAAGAGAAAGCUGCUACUAGUUACGUCACUGAAAAAGCUGAGGUCAUUGGUCUUAAUUGGCAAUUCUGGCCCUACUUUUUUCAAAUGCUUCCAGAAUAUGUUUAAAGAAGCGGCAAGUUUACGAUUGCUACAAAUCUCUGCAACAACCUAUGCUGAUAUUGGUUGUUUCAUCAGCUAUUUGGUAAGUUGCACGCAUAUUCGUUAUAUAAAGUUGAACUCUUAUGGCAUGAGGUGUGAGCUUCCACAAGCGCUGAGCAACUUUUUCCAUCUCCAAGUAUUAGAUGUUAAUACUUACGCAGAUCCAACUCUACCCACUGGUAUGAAUAAUCUUGUUCACUUGCAACAUCUUGUUGCAAAAGAGGAUGUGCACUCAACCAUUGAUAGGAUAGGCAAAAUGACCUCUCUUCAGGAGCUUCCCAUAUUCAGGGUUCAGAAUGCUUGUGGGUUUGAUAUAAAACAGCUUAAAUUCAUGAAUCAACUUGUAAAACUUGGAAUUUAUCAACUUGAAAAUGUCAAAAGCAAACGAGAUGCUAGUGAAGCACGACUGAUAGAUAAAGGGCACCUAGAGGCAUUGUGCUUCUUGUGGGAUUCUGAUAGCACUAGUUUGGGGAUUUCAGCAGAGACAGCGACUGAGGUUCUUGAGGGUCUUAAACCUCAUCAAAAUCUUAAACAUCUUCAGAUAAUUGGCUAUAGUGGCUAUAUCUCUCCAAGUUGGUUCUCCACUGGUCUCUCAGUUACAUCUUUGCAGCUGCUUCAUCUAGAGAAUUGCAAAGAAUGGAGAGUACUUCCAUCUCUCGAAAAGCUUCCGUUCCUUAAGAAGCUUAAGUUGAUUAAUAUCUGUCAUGUAAAAGAACUAGGAAUUCCUUGUUUAGAGGAGUUGGUUUUAACUGAUUUGCCGAGCUUAGAGAAAUGUGUUGCCACUUUUAAGAGGGAAUUGGAUUUUCAUCUACGGGUACUGAUCAUUGAGAACUGCUAUGAACUGAAGGUUUUUACUCCUUUUGAACUUCAGAACUUAUGUUCUUCUGAAGUUGAACAAAGACCUUGGAGGUUGAGCCUGGAAGACACUAGUGCAGGUAAUGAAUUUUCAUCUGCUGAAGCUGCACAAAAGAAAUGGUUAUCUGGUCUCCGUGUGCUAAAGAUACAUGGAUGUCCUCGUCUGAUGUUGUUACACCCCCUGCCUCCUGCUGAAAAUACUCAAGUAUCAGUUCAACCGCUUUUAACGUAUCCAGCAUUAGAGAAAAAUUCAAAUGAUUUAUCGGUCAUGUCCUCUAAGGAGUUGAGAGUGCUUGAUGCCAAGAUUUUGGCGUUCCAAAAUCUAACAGAUGUGACGUCACUGCACAUAGGCCACUGUCCAAAUCUGGUGUUUCUUUCAUUUGAAGGCUUCAGGCAGCUCCUCAAUUUAAGAAAGAUGGUAAUCGUCAGUUGUGGUAAUCUGGUCUCAUCAUGUAUUGUGCCUGGUGUCUCUGAAACCUGGAAUGCUACAAAUUAUCCUGCCUUUCCACGUCUCGGACAUCUAAAAAUUGAGUCGUGUGGUGGUAUAGCAGGCAAGUGGUUAACUGAAAUGCUGCCCCAUAUGCAGUCCCUUGAGGAAUUGGAUAUAGAGGAUUGUCCCCAGAUGAAAUCCAUAUCAAUCCAUCGUCCCAGACAAGAGGUGGAGACUGGCCGUUUGGCUAGUCAAGCAGUCUUACCACGCUUAGCCCAAGAUGAAUUCGGUUUGUACAUUCCACUAAAUAUCCUUUCAACCCUCGAGAAGUUACAUAUUCGAAGGUGCCCAGGAAUGCAGUUAUAUGGCAGCAAGGAGGGGUAUGGAGGGUUCACCUCCCUCACAGAGUUAGUCAUUACAGGUUGCCCCAUGCUGCUUUCUUCUGCGGAUGAGAGGUUUUCCCUGCCACCAUCCGUCCCAGAUCUUCAUAUCGAGUUCCUCCCAAGAAGCUUUGCAGGAGCUCCAGAUCCACAAUUGUCGGCAGCUGGCUGUAUUGGAGGACAUGCAAUAUCUGAGUUCCCUUCGAAUCUUGUCAAUUGAGAUGAAUCCUGAGUUAUCUGCUUCAUGGGUUCGGAAGUGUCAAGAGGUGGAAGAGGGAAGCAGUCAUGCUCGUCUCCUUCCUCCAUUACUUGGGAAACUAAGCAUCAGACAUCUUCAGGAUGACUUGGCGCCCUAUUUGCUGGCCCACCUC